ACGCACAGUAACUCGCAUAAAGCACAAAGAACCUCCACACAAACCAUCUCAAACAUUCCUUUUCCUGCUUUUUAAAAUCAGUUGCAACAAUAAUAGAGGUGACUUUCCUCUCUUCUGAAGAAAACCACUUCUUCAUCCAUGGAUACUGCUCAAUGGCCACAGGAGAUAGUAGUGAAACCAAUGGAAGAGAUCAUAGUACCAAACACAUGUUCAAAGCCAGGGUUAGAGAGGAGGGUUAGGCCUCAGAAAGAACAAGCCUUGAACUGUCCAAGGUGCAAUUCAACCAACACAAAGUUCUGUUACUACAACAACUACAGUCUCACACAACCAAGAUACUUUUGCAAGGGUUGUAGAAGGUAUUGGACUGAAGGUGGAUCUCUCAGAAACAUCCCUUUUGGAGGAUGUUCAAGAAAGAACAAAAGAUCUUCAUCUUCAUCACCAUCUUCAUCAUCAUCAUCAUCAAAGAAACUUCCUGAUCUGGUCCCACCACCACAGCCUAGUUCAUCACAGUCUACUUCUCAAAACCCUAAAGUCCAUGAAGGCCAAGAUCUCAACUUGGGUUACCCAUCUCAUGAUUUCAAAACCAUCUCUGAACUCAUUCAAGUGCCCAAUUUUGAUAACAACAACAAAAACCUUUCAGCUAUGGAGCUUCUGACUGGGAUUAGUUGUUCAAGGGGGUUGAAUUCUUCCUUUGUGCCGAUGCCGAUGCCGAUGUCGGAUCAGAACACAAUUUUCUCAUCUGGGUUUUCUCUGCAGGAAUUCAAACCUACCCUUAAUUUCUCUCUAGAUGGGCUUGGGAUGCAAGAGACUAGUGGUGGGAGGCUUCUAUUUCCAUUUGAAGAUCUGAAACAAGUCUCUAGCACAUCAGAUAUUGAGCAAGGUAAAGAACAAGGAGGAGAUUCAACGGGGUAUUGGAAUGGAGUGUUGGGUGGUGGAUCAUGGUAAAGAAGAUGAACAACAAUCUAGUUUCUUUUUAUUUAUUUUUUUGUGUUUUUUUGGGGUUUUUUUUGUUUUGGGGGUGUUGCAGAGUGGGUGACUUGUUUGGAUUUCUUCAAAACUAACCGAUGAGUGAUGUUAUACAUAAAUGGAAAUCUUACCAAAUUUUCUUAUUAGUAUGAAUUCAUUAUCUCUGUGUCUAGUAGUAAGAAAAUUAAGUAAGAAAUCUGUUUAUGUAUAACAUUUUUCGUAAAAAAUAGAUAGAUGGUCUCCCUUCUUUCUUUUCCUUUCUUUAAUUUCCUUUUUAACUUUAUGUUUCCUUUACCCUUUGGUUAUGGUGGGAAUGUAGAAGCUUAUUUUAGGUUGGCUUCAGUGAAGGUAACUUUGGUUGGGAUAGAAGAAGAGAUUGAAGCCCAGAUUUUUUAAGGGCAACUGGUGGGUUUGGUACAAAGAAUUUUAAUAAUGUAUUAUUAUUAUUAUUAUUAUUAUGUGCAAGGUUGUAAGGAGUUCAAAUUGUGGAUCAAAAAUAUUUCAUUUUGGAACGA